UAUCUCAUGACAAUAGUGAUUCAACAUAGUUAUAAAAAUAUUGUUUAAUACUCAGCGUGUAUUUGUACCGAGACUACAUUGUCACCGCAAUGACAGAUUUUAAAAACAUUCCUUGUUUAUAAUAUACUUUGAAUCAAUACUUUCCCACUAGUCGUAACACGGCCAUAGCAACUUACAGAACGUAGCAAUGAAAGUUAUAAUUCUCGUCUACAUCGCGCUAUUCUGCCUCCUUAAGUGCCGAGCACGACUGCUAGCAAGGACCACGGAAAGAGCCAUUGUAGCUAAAAAUGACGAUUUCAAAACUGUCUCUAUAACCAAACACUGUCUCCACGACCACGAAAAACUUCAUCGGAAAAGCCGCUCCUACAUCGAUUACACCGUAGAUCAAACGAACAACGUUAAACGAUCCGUAGAGAAAGGAAAAAUACCAUUAGUAAAAAAACCAAUACCAAUGUACGUCGAAAUUAACUACGAAGAUGAUUAUCAAACAAGACAAGUGCGUUGGCCAGAAAAAUACAGAGAUUCGAGUGAGAACGAAGAUGAAGACUUUAAUGUGGACGAUUACGAAUUCGACGUUAAUCAUGACGAAUUCGCAUCGCGACGAAAACCUCUUGUACCGAGAAUGAAACCGGAUAAAAACUAUGGUGAAGUUAAAACGGCAACAAUGUCUGAAACUAAAUCUACACCGGCUGAAAUAAAAGGUAACGAAAGGACACCAACACCGUCCACUAAGAACAAACGUGAAGACAAAGUGAGUGAUAAAGCUACGAAUAAAUCUAAACUAGAGGAUUACUAUGAUGAAUUGACAUCGAAAAUUCCAGGAAAAUUGAUGAAACUUGUUUAUUCUCAGGAAGAUUUAGGCGAUGACACGGAUGCGAGCGGCGAACGGGAGCGAAGAGGUUCUAUUAGAACAAUCAGAUCCCCCUGGGAUAUAGGCAUUUACAUGGAUAAAUUAGGAGAAAAGACUUCGCUAAUAGUAGACAAAGUUCUCAGUAUCCUGCCGAUGUUCCCACAACUUCCAACACGGAAAAAUGAUAGAUUGAAAAAAUAAUGCACCAGUGAAUA